GAGCGCGCUGGCCACCCGCCGGCCCGAGAGAGCAGCACGCCCGCAGCCAGCCGCGCCGGAGCCACUGUGCCCUGCGGCUCCGCGCCCGGGGGAUCCCGGCGGCGCCAUGGACAGAAGCCGGGUGCUGGAGCAGCUGCUCCCGGAGCUCACUGGGCUGCUUAGCCUCCUGGACCACGAAUACCUCAGUGACAGCACCCUGGAGAAGAAGAUGGCCGUGGCCUCCAUCCUGCAGAGCCUGCAGCCCCUCCCAGCUAAGGAAGUCUCCUACCUGUACGUGAACACUGCCGACCUCCACUCGGGGCCCAGCUUCGUGGAGUCCCUCUUCGAAGAAUUUGACUGUGACCUGAGUGACCUUCGGGACAUGCCAGAGGAUGAUGGGGAGCCCAGCAAAGGAACUAGCCCUGAGCCAGCCAAGAGCCCAUCUCUGAGAAAUGCAGAGGACCUGCCUCCACCACUGCCCAACAAGCCUCCCCCUGAGGACUACUAUGAGGAGGCCCUUCCUCUGGGACCGGGCAAGUCCCCUGAGUACAUCAGCUCCCACAAUGGCUGCAGCCCAGCCCACUCGAUUGUGGACGGCUACUAUGAGGAUGCAGACAGCAGCUACCCUGCAGCCAGGAUGAACGGCGAGCUGAAGAACUCCUACAAUGACUCGGAUGCCAUGAGCAGCUCCUAUGAGUCCUACGAUGAGGAGGAGGAGGACGGGAAGGGACCGCAGCCCAGGCACCAGUGGCCCUCCGAGGAGGCCUCUAUGCACCUGGUGAGGGACUGCAGGAUAUGUGCCUUCCUGCUACGGAAAAAGCGCUUCGGGCAGUGGGCCAAGCAGCUGACCGUCAUCAAGGAGGACCAGCUCUUGUGUUAUAAAAGCUCCAAGGACCGGCAGCCACAUCUGAGGUUGGCGCUGGAUGCCUGCAGCGUCAUCUAUGUGCCCAAGGACAGCCGGCACAAGAGGCAUGAGCUGCGCUUCACCCAGGGGGCCACCGAGGUCUUGGUGCUGGCACUGCAGAGCCGGGAGCAGGCCGAGGAAUGGCUGAAGGUCAUCCGUGAGGUCAGCAAGCCAAUUGGGGGAGCUGAGAGUAUGGAGGUCCCCAGAUCCCCAGUGCUCCUGUGCAAGCUGGACCUGGACAAGAGGCUGUCCCAAGAAAAACAGACCUCAGACUCUGACAGCCUAGGCAUGGGUGACAACGCUUCCACCCUCAGCCGCCGGGAGACCUGCGAACAUGGCAAAGGGAAGAAGAGCAGCCUGGCAGAGCUGAAGGGCUCUGUGAGCAGAGCUGCAGGCCGCAAGAUCACCCGCAUCAUCAGCUUCUCCAAGAAAAAAGCGUCGGCCGAGGACCUGCAGACCUCCUCUGCAGAGGAGGAGGUCCCAUGCUGUGGUUAUCUGCACGUGCUGGUGAACCAGGGCUGGAAGGAACGGUGGUGCCGCCUCAAAUGCAACACAUUGUAUUUCCACAAGGACCGUGCGGACCUGCGCACCCACGUGAACGCAAUCGCCCUCCGCGGCUGUGAGGUGGCCCCGGGCUUUGGGCCCAGACACCCAUUUGCCUUCAGGAUCCUGCGUAACCGGCAGGAGGUGGCCAUCCUGGAGGCAAGCUGUUCAGAGGACAUGGGUCGCUGGCUUGGGCUGCUGCUGGUGGAGAUGGGCUCCAAAGUCACUCCAGAAGCACUGCACUAUGACUACGUGGACGUGGAGACCUUAACCAGCAUUGUCAGUGCUGGGCGCAACUCUUUCCUAUAUGCAAGAUCCUGCCAGGAUCAGUGGCCUGAGCCUCGAGUCUAUGAUGAUGUUCCUUAUGAAAAAAUGCAGGAUGAGGAGCCUGAGCGCCCCACUGGAGCCCAGGUGAAACGCCAUGCCUCCUCUUGCAGUGAGAAGUCCCAUCGAGUGGAUCCACAGGUCAAGGUCAAGCGCCAUGCCUCCAGUGCCAAUCAAUACAAGUAUGGCAAGAACCGAGCUGAGGAGGAUGCCCGGAGAUACCUGGUAGAAAAAGAGAAGCUGGAGAAAGAGAAAGAGACAAUCCGGACAGAGCUGAUGGCACUCCGGCAGGAGAAGAGGGAGCUGCGGGAAGCCAUUCGGAACAGCCCAGUGUCUUUGGACUCAGGAGCAAAGUUAAAGGCUCUGGAGGAAGCUGUGGCCACCCUGGAAGCUCAGUGUCGGGCAAAGGAGGAACGCAGGAUCGACCUAGAGCUGAGGCUGGUGGCUGUGAAGGAGCGCUUGCAGCAGUCCCUGGCAGGGGGUCCAGCCCUGGGGCUCUCCAUGAGCAGCAAGAACAAGAGUGGGGAAGUUGCAAAUAAACCCCAGAACCAUGUUCCAGAGCAAUCUCUUCCUGUCAACUGUGUUUCUGAGCUGAGGAAGAGGAGCCCAUCCAUUGUAACCUCCAACCAAGGAAGGGUGCUACAGAAAGCAAAGGAAUGGGAAAUGAAGAAGACCUAGAAAGAGGAUGAGGAUUUCAUUCCAAAAGAAAUACCAGCCUGUCCAUCUGAGGUGUAAAUGCUUUCUUCACAAAAAGAAACGAGGAGAAAACUGGAAGUAGCCCCCAUUUCCAAAAGACCAGCCCUUAUUGUCUGCAUGAUUUAGGGGCAUCUGGGGAGGGAAGUAGUAGAAGGCACACGGAAACAGAGGGGGCUCCCUUAUGACUUUACAAAGGGUGGAAAUGGUGGUAGAGGGAAGACAGAAGUCUGCACAGUUGUAAAGGUUUUUAUUUAGCUAUCUUAAUCUUCCCUGCUGAAGAAGAAAUGAAAGCACAUGUGAACGAGUCAUUCCAUCUCAUCUCAGCAUCCCAUUCCCAGUCCUUCAAGCAAACGAAGGCAGUGCUAAACAUCAGAGGUACAGUGUAAAGAGACGAGACUUGAUCAUCUGAUCACACCUGUACCAACUGUAUUCUUCUUGGGCAUUACUGACCACCUCUGGACAAGGAAAAUGAGCUGAAAAUCAAUUACAUUAUCUCUGCCUGCACAAAAAUGAACAAAAGCUAUCAAGAGCA